GGAUGGAGUGGCAGGGGGCCCUUCCUCAGGAUCAUGCCUUCGUAGAGCACCUGCUUUCUGGGCUUCCCAGAGAGCUGGAGAUUCAACAGCUGCUCAAAAACACAGAGGACAAAGUCAAGCUCAAUGCCUGCAGGAUUGAGCAGUGUCUGAAGGAACUGCAGGGGAAGAUGGGUGAGUCCUGGACGGCGGAGUGUCCGCCCAGCCCCACAGAAUGUCUGCAGUGGUUUAACCCACAGAAACCAGCACUGUCAGGCCUGUCGCCACAGGAUACCAAGAGCGUCUUGACUUCCUGAAAGCUGCGGGAAUAAUCAAUGGUGUAAAAUACUUCAGUAAAAAUACUUGAAAGUUCCACUUAAGUUGUUUUUAUGGGUAUCUGUACUUCACGUUGCUAUUUAUAUUUUUUACAACUUUUACUUCACUACAUUCCUAAAGAAAACAAUUUACUUUUUACUCCAUACAUUUUUCCUGACACCCAAAAUUACUCGUUACAUUUUGAAUGCUUAGCAGGUCAGGAAAAUUGUGUAAUUUACACACUUAUCAAGAGAACAUCCCUGGUCGUCCCUACUGCCUCUGAUCUAGCA